AUGAAGAAAAAAGUCAGUAUAAAAUGUGAUGAUGAUGAUGAAAAGUCAAAUGGAAGUGACACAGAAUGUAAAAAGUGUGAUGAAUUUGCGAAAAUGGAGCAAAAUAGGCCAUUGGAACUCGAAUGGAUUUUUGGAUUCUCACCCAACGUUCCCAUUCAGAACUUGACCGUCAACGACAGUGAUAUGGGAAAAAGUUUCGUCUCCGUUUCUGCACAAGUAUUUCAAAUUUAUCAUUGCGAUAGCAACAAAACGAUGUGCUUUGUGGGUCAUGAAAACAAAAUUAUUGCCAUAGACACCGACUCAACAGGUCGAUUUAUUGUGUCAGCAGAUGAAGGUGGUGUGGUAAAUGUUUGGGAUAUAAAAAUUGCAAGUGAAUUUUCACAUCCCAUCCGAACUAUUUACGACCCAUAUCAUCAACAACAACAACAUCAUGAAAGAAAAUUGUGUAAAGUUUCUCUGAGUCCUGAUGGUAAGAACAUUAUCACUGCAUCUGAUGGAAAUAGAAGUAUGAUAAAAUUAUGGCAAUGGUCAUAUGGUGCUACAAGUGAUACUGACAAAGCUAAUGAUUCGUUUGAGCUUCCUGAAAAGUAUGAGCAAGUUGAGAAUGUAAGAUUCAAUGGAUGCAUCAAAAAUGGAAUGUCAAAUAUUUUCGUCAUAACUUGCAGAAAUGGAAUUAUUUUUGGUCAAUGGGAUCCAAAACAGAUGAAGCUCUUACGACAUUUACCAGCAAGAUCUAUUUCCAUAACAUUUACUUUUGUCGAUACUAUUUUCAUCGAGAAUACAAAUCGAGCCAUUUCAAUUACGAAAUGCGGAAGCGCCAUUGUAUGGAGUAAUUCUAUAGUCAUGGAAAUAGAAUCAUUUGACAUGCAUCGCAAAUGUGGAAUAGAAUCUUACAAAAGAGAGUUUAUUAAAAGCAUAAAGUUAUGCGAGACUCCAUUAACUGUAAUUAAAUCUGUUGACGAUUGUGUAGUGAUUGCUGAUGCGAAUGGAAAGAUACGAUUUUAUGAUAAAGAAUUGAAAAUAAUAUUCUGGUGUCCAUCUCAUGACUUUAUUGAUACAGUCAUUACAAUAUCAUUCGAUAAGUCAUCAUUAAAGAGAAGUGCUGACGAUGAUACGCAAAACCAACACAAAGUUCGAGAUUUUCUAAUUCAAACUCAAAAUGAAAUUUAUGCUGUAAACUUUACGAAAAUGAAGUUUACAAAAGUAUUUUUCAAGUCCGACGACUACAUCACAGCGAUGGAUGUUUUUCCACUCAAUAAGAAAUUGAUUUGUUGUGCCAAUUAUUCCGGCAGAAUUGUACUUUAUGACUACGAUAAAAAAGUGCAAAUAAUUGAGAACCAAUUGAAGUUGCGUAAACGAAAAAGUUCCAUGUCCGAUAUGGAUGUAAUUGAAAUUCCACACAUUUCGACUUUAGCAUAUUCACGUAACGGACAUCAUUUAAUGUGCGGUCUCGAAAAUGGUACUGUUUUAUGUUUAGAUCCUGAUGUACUGCAUGAGAUGAGAUCAUUCAAUGUUAUGCAAAGUGAAAUAGCACAGAUAAAAUUUUCACCGGAUUCCUUCUUUGUUGCCAUUUAUGAUGUUAAGGGCAAUAUGAUUGUUAUGUAUCAUGACAAAGCAACGGAAGAAGAGUGGCUCAUUGUUGGAGGAAAAAUUCAUUAUCAUACACAGCCAAUAUGCGAUAUACUUUAUAUUCCACAAUCUACAACAAAAAAAGCAGCAACAACAACAUCAUCAUCAUCAUCAUCUUGUUUUCAUCAACAUAGCAUUCAGACAGUUCCUAGAUUGAUUUCUUUGGCUCAGGAUCGUCAAAUUGUGGAAUAUGAUUUAUUGGAAUCAAUGAAGGAAAAUUCCCGCAACUUAGUCAUUACAUUUACUAAGAGAAUUUAUCAAACAGCAAUACCUACGUCAAUGACCUUAAUUUACAAUAGUAGGAAGCAUGAAGAUCAAAUUCUUAUCGCAGACACCCAAAUGAAAUUUAGAAUCUUUGAUAAAAAUACAUUUGAGAUUCUAGCGACAUUCAUGGGACCGAUUUAUGAUUCAUACGUGAAGCAAUUUGAUGCGAAUACAUCGUACGGUCUUACAGACUAUUCAAAAUUCUUCAUAUUUACAACAAAUAAGAAUCUUUGCCUAUAUGCAAUGCCAAUGGAUGGGAAUCCGUACAGAAGUUUAGGUGUCAUCGGUCAUGCUGACGGAAUAAGAGCAAUUAAAGCUGAUUCAACUCGACAUAUUCUAUUUACAAUUGGACAUAAAUGUCAAUCGCUAUUCAUGUGGCACAUUAAUUUUCAAACCCUUUUUGAUCAUGUUGACGAAGGUGGGAGUGGAUUGAAGCCAUACUGUGAUUUACUACCCGGAGGAAAAUAUGGAAAUUUCUUUCAAGAUAUGCAAGAUUUAUAUUAUUAUAUUCUCAUGUUAACCAAUGGAGACUCGCUCGAUGAUCGAAUUGUUAAGGACGGACUGGAUAUUAAUGAAAUCGGAGAUUAUUUUCGUGGUUUGGGUUACUAUCCAUCAGAUUAUGAAAUUGAAUGUAUUAAUCACGAAUUGCAUUUAAAUGGAAAGAGAAAAAUUGGAUUUGAGGAAUUGAUGAAGCUUUUUAUCAAUCAUGCACCAAUCAUGACGAAUCGAUUUAUAAAUCAAAAUUUAAUGGAAGUGGAAAAGGCAUUGAGGGAAUUUUGUAAUUGCUCAUAUGAUAUUCCAUCAGAGGAUGUUCUGAUAACGAAAGCAAAUCUCAUCCAAAUCCUUACCGAAACAGCUGAAAAAGUCGAUUUGAAGGAUGCUCAUCUAUAUGUCGAGAAACUGUUCCAAGGACUCGAUAAAAUGACGGAUGAAAUUUCUUUGUGGGAUUUUCUCAAAAAUUCAUUCAUUAAUAGUCAAUGAAAAUAUUCAAUAAAUUGCUAAGCAUUUAAAUGAGA